UUUGAUAGGCCCAUAAGAAAUUGUCUCUAGAGAUAUGGGAAGGGGCACGUGAGAAGUUGGCUCACCGAUCCGGAUCCUCAACACAGUAACUCCUUUCCAUCCAAGCUCUACAAUUUUUAGGGUUUCCACUGGAGAAUCCAGCAAGGGUGAAUCAGUAAACAGAUUAUUUGAUAAAUUAAAUAAUAAAAAGGCAGAGAAAUCAGUUAUUGUCUGAGAAUCCCACUGAAGGUCGAUCUACUUCAAUGGACACUUGUGUAACGCAGACGACGACUCUGCCUCCGGAAGAGGAAGAAGAAAACGAUGAUGAGUGGGCGAACGUUGAAUCGAUCAUUUGAUCCGUUGACAGACACUGAUGGGUUUGUGAUUCCAAGCUUGGAGAUUGAAAAGGAAAAGGUUAAUGAUUCAGAAGCUGAUAACUCAAAACCUUCUUCUCCUAAAGUCAAUAUUAAAGCUGAAGAUAACAUCUACCUAGGACCGCGUGGAGGCGCUCCUCCCUCGCAGCUACAAGACACAUCGAGCAGGAAGCAGCGGUUUAAGCUGAAACUCAAGGAAGCAGACCAGAAAAUGAAUGCCUCUGGUCGAGAAAACAAAGUGGCUAACUUGAGAGAGCUUGUAGGCGGCGUCGAGAAAGGAAGUAACGUUUCAAAAGAUGUUUCAAGAGACUGGCUUGACCCACAUUGCCAUGAGUCUGAGUUCGAGAAACGUCAACAACUGUAACGCUCCUUUUUCUCUUUGUAAACCUUUUGUAUCAAUACCCAGAGAUUUCAAUGCAAUAAAAACUAUCAUCAUUAUCAAACAAACAUGUAAGACUCUUAGUUUGGUCUGCAGCUUGUUCUUAAGGAGUUCCAUAUCAGAUCAAUAGCAAGAUCCCGUUUGCUUA